AUGUCUGACGAUAGGAAAUAUCGUAAACCUUUGAUGGAGAAGAAACGUCGUGCUAGAAUCAACGAGAGUUUGGACAGCUUGAAGCAGAUCUUGUUGGAGUGUGAUCCUCACAGUGUGAGCAAGAAAAGUGCCAAACUGGAAAAAGCUGACAUCCUGGAGAUGACAGUGAGUUAUCUUCAGAACUUGAAGAAGCCACCAGUGCAGCAGUCCUAUUACCAGCCAGCCACUACGUAUGGGUACUAUCCAGCACAAAACAGGUACUGUGCUCAGAGUUUUUCGUCAAAAAAUGGCAACGGUGGACAUGUGUACUAUGGAGAUCUACACCUGAUCGAACCAAAACCAGGCCUCUGCUUCAAGAUCCACACCCCCGACCAACCCCGACUGUACCCGAACCCGCGCAAAUCCCAGUACCCCACCCUAUUCCAGUCGUGCACAGAAUGGCUGGAAAAGGACAGGAACUGCUUGGGGCUGCGUACCCAGAACAGCGAGAUCCUGGUGCUGCACUGCAAAGGGGUGGCUAACAGAAGGAGACCAGGGUGCUACAAGAUCAUCAACAGGGACAAGAGGGAGGAAAUUGUGUGCCAGAAGGUGAACAAGAAGGAGGGGUGCGAGGUGAUAAGCACCAGGACCAAUUUGACCAUCGUUGUUGCUUGUGGGCCAAUUGGAUAUUCAGCUGGGGCUUCCCAGGGUAGGAAGAGGAAGCGUCAAAGAUAAUACCUGGAAGGAAAGUUAUUGGGCAGAGGAUUUGGACUAUUUUCUUCGUUUCUCUUGCAUAAUUAACAGUGCUCUAUUGUAGGAGUCCAUGUUAUCUCAAAGUGAAGUGAAGUAGUUCAAAUAUAAACUCUCCAAGUCGUCUCUACAACGUUCAAUUCCAAAUUCAAGAAGGGGGAAUCAUGUUGCGGACCCAAAAGGGAUGCAUCAUCAGUCAGAAAGGAGUUAUUGUGAAGAAUGGAUGAUGGAUACCUUUUGGGUCCGAAUCAUGUCCCCUCCUUCUUGAAUUUGAAAUUGUACGUUGUGGAGACGACUUGGAGAGUUUUUAAAAUAUUUUAUUAACAGUACUUCUGUUAACAAAUUAGUGUAUGGAUUUUAUUGAUGACGUGAAAGAAGAAUGAGAUAACGAUUAUGGGAAAAUGAUACGCAUAGAACAGAGCAUUCGAUGUAACACCAAUGUCUACAACUGUUCAUGGAACGAAUAAAUCUCUAU